CAACUAACGUACUCGUAGACAAUCCAAUUAUCCAAUAUUCAUAGAGACACAGAAUUUUCAGAAGUCUCCUUGUCAUCUCCGUCAAGACCAUGAACCACUUGGUCAAGAACUCGUUCACUCGCUUGGCUUCUGUCAUCAGUCCUUAUCAUUUUCGUCCUGGUGUUGCUCAUUAUUAUCGUUUCUGCUCUCACUUCUCUGGGAAUAAUUUUGAGCCAGAGUCAUGGAAAUCUAUGGAGGGCCUUGUUCGGUGCCCAGCCAACCAUGUUCCUUUAUCUCCAAUAGUGUUCUUGGAGCGAGCUGCAAAGGCCUACACAGACAGGACCUCACUGGUCUAUGGAUGUCUGAAAUAUACCUGGGCUCAAACUCAUGAACGCUGUCUGAAACUAGCUUCUGCUUUAACCCAGUUGGGAAUUUCCCCCGGUGAUGUGGUUGCAACCUUGGCUCCCAAUGUCCCAGCCAUGUAUGAGCUGCAUUUUGCAGUUCCAAUGGCAGGGGCAGUUCUUUGUACACUAAAUUCACGCCUUGAUUCAGCUAUGAUAUCUGUCCUGCUGAGUCAUUCCGAGGCGAAAAUCGUCUUUGUAGACUACCAGUUACUUGAAAUUGCCCAAGGAGCACUUAAUCUUCUCACCCAAAAAACAGAUACAAAACCACCUAUUCUUGUUUUAAUUGCUGACUCUGAUGGGUCGUCUAGCACAUCUCCCACCAUAUGCACUUCAAACACCUAUGAAUAUGAAAGUCUUCUGGAAACUGGAAAUUGUGGAUUUGAGAUAAGAAGGCCAAGGAGUGAAUGGGAUCCUAUCAGUGUAAAUUAUACCUCCGGCACAACAUCCAGGCCGAAAGGGGUUGUUUAUAGUCACCGGGGCGCUUAUCUUAACACAUUGUCUACGGUUCUGCUUCAUGGAAUAGGCUCAAUGCCUGUUUAUCUAUGGACUGUGCCUAUGUUUCACUGCAAUGGGUGGUGCCUCACUUGGGGGGUCGCUGCUCAGGGUGGCACUAACAUAUGCCUCAGAAAAGUCAAUCCAAAAUACAUAUUUGACAACAUAGUUCAAUACAAUGUCACACACAUGGGAGGGGCACCAACUGUCUUGAACAUGAUUGUUAAUUCACUGGUCAGUGACCAGAGGCCACUUCCUCGCAAGGUGGAAAUAAUGACGGGCGGUUCACCACCCCCGCCACAGAUCCUUUUCAAGAUGGAAGAACUGGGGUUUGGAGUAAAUCACUUGUAUGGUCUAACAGAAACUUAUGGUCCAGGGACUUAUUGCUCAUGGAAACCAGAGUGGGAUUCUCUGCCUUCCAAUGAAAGAUCAAAGCUUAAAGCUCGACAAGGGGUGCAGCAUCUUGGUUUAGAAGAGGUUGACAUAAAAGAUCCUGUCACUAUGGAAAGUGUAACACCUGAUGGUGAAACAGUGGGUGAGAUUAUGUUCAGGGGAAACACUGUCAUGAGUGGUUAUCUUAAAGACUUGAAAGCAACAAAGGAAGCUUUUAGAGGUGGAUGGUUUCGAAGUGGGGAUCUAGCUGUGAAACAUCCCGAUAACUACAUCGAAGUGAAGGACCGGUUGAAAGAUAUAAUCAUAUCUGGGGGAGAGAACAUAAGUACAGUUGAGGUGGAAACAAUUUUUUUUAGCCAUCCAGCAGUUCUUGAGGCUGCUGUUGUUGCACGCCCAGAUAACCAUUGGGGGCAGACUCCUUGUGCAUUUGUGAAAUUGAAGGAGGGAUUUGAUCAUCUCAAAGCUCAAGACCUAAUUGAAUUCUGCAGGGAUAACUUGCCUCAUUAUAUGGCUCCCCGGACAGUAAUCUUCGAUGAUAUACCAAAAACUGCAACUGGAAAGAUACAGAAAUUUAUUCUCAGAGAAAAAGCAAAGGCCUUGGGGAGCCUCUCUUGAACAAGCUGUAACAAGUGGAAGUGCAGGAUAUGGGGGCAGAUGGCUAUUGAACAUCAGUUAUCUGCUGAAGCAGGCUUCAAAUUCAAAUUGAAAUCUUCUUUGUAUAGAAAUGGGAAAACAGCUGACAUUAAACCAA